GCCUCUUCCGCCGCGUGCGGUUGCGUGGGGCGCCGGCGAGCCGCCUGAUGCCCCCCCGCUCGGGAGAACGCGGAGAAAACGACCACUUCCCGCCCUUCACUCCCUCAGUUCCUGGCUCCCUGAGGUGGAGGAAACGCCCUGGCAGAGGUCUUCUCCAGCAGAAUCAGAGAUGUCAUCAGUAGAUUUCAAAACCUACGUGGAUCAGGCAUGCCGAGCCGCAGAGGAGUUUGUUAAUAUCUACUACACCACCAUGGAUAAGCGGAGGCGUCUGCUGUCCCGCCUGUACAUGGGAACAGCUACCCUGGUGUGGAAUGGAAAUGCUGUUUCAGGACAAGAAUCCUUAAGUGAGUUUUUUGAAAUGUUGCCUUCCAGUGAGUUCCAAAUCAACGUGAUAGACUGUCAACCUGUUCAUGAUGAAGCCACACCAAGCCAGACCACAGUCCUGGUUGUUAUCUGUGGGACGGUGAAGUUCGAAGGCAACAAACAACGGGACUUCAAUCAGAACUUCAUUCUGACAGCCCAGGCCUCCCCAAGCAACACUGUGUGGAAGAUUGCAAGUGACUGCUUCCGGUUCCAAGACUGGGCCAGCUAAUGGGGAGGGAAGGCCUCUUCACUUACCCCCAAGACUGGGGGGCACAAAUUUUGAGAUGUGGGGACACAUAGUUGUUUCUGCUGUUCCACAAACAGUCUUGGACUUUGUACCAAGAGGACACUUCCACAUUUGCUCCAAGCCUAGAAGCCCCUUUUCUAAGUAUGCACUUGUUUGCGAUAGUUGCCUUUUAAUAGUAUCAAACUUUUCUAUCUUUUUUACUUGCCAUGUAGAAAUUUGGUUCUGGAAAUUAAAAAAAAAAACAACACAAAACAAGACAAGUAAU